GAAGACUAGUAAAUUGUGAAAAUGGCAUCCAACGUGAACGUUCUCUGUCCGAAUGGACGUCGACAAACUGUCAAAGUUUCUCCCAAUACGAGAAUUCUAGAGGUCAUUGAGAUAGUGUGUAAGAAACAGAAGUUCAACGCAGAUGACUACAACUUGAAACAUCAGAGAACCAUCCUUGACGUCCAGGUACCUUUCCGCUAUGCCAACCUGAUCAACAAUGCCAAGCUAGAGCUGGUCAAAGCGGACGUAUCACGCAGUCUAUCUGGCUCGACCAUGGUGGCGCUGCAGCUAUCCACGGGCGAACGCCUCCAGCAUAGCUUUGACUCUACGAUAUCGCUAUGGGACAUUCUACAGCACUGGGAGGGUCAGAGUAGCGACAGGUGAGAAUCGAGCCAGGCUCUCUUUCAUUUCUUUGUAAUAGGGAUGUGGCCUAUAGUAUAAAAAAGGAAUCCCAUCAUACAGUUAAUUCUGCAUAAGUGGAUAGUACAACUUAUAAAUGCAAAAUUCUACUUAGGAAGUGUAAAUAAUACAUGUUUUGCAUAGUUUGGUCAUCA